GGGAGUCCCAGGGGGGCCGUUGGGGGUCCUUGUCUCAGCUGCCCCCCACCUCCCCAGACCCCCCCCCCACCAUGGCGCUGCGUCUCGCUGCCCCGCUGCUUCGCCUGGUCCGGACCGGUGUCCGCUGGGGAGGCACGGCCCCCCCUCCGCAGGCCGCCUUUGACUGGCGGGACCCCCUGUGCCUGGAGGGGCUGCUGAGCCCCGAGGAGCGGCUGUUGCGGGACGCCCUGCGCAAGUACUGCCACGAACGGCUGCUGCCACGCGUGCUGCACGCCAACCGACACGAGGUCUUUGACCGGGAGAUUGUGUCCGAGAUGGGGGCGCUGGGGGUGCUGGGCCCCACUAUCAAGGGGUACGGCUGCGCGGGCACCACCUCGGUGGGCUACGGGCUGGUGGCACGGGAGCUGGAGCGGGUGGACAGCAGCUACCGCUCGGUGCUGAGCGUCCAGUCCUCCCUCGUCAUGCACCCCAUCCUGGCCUACGGCACCCCCGCCCAGCGGGACCGCUUCCUGCCCCCCCUGGCACGGGGGGAGCUGCUGGGGUGCUUUGGGCUGACGGAGCCCAACCACGGGAGCGAUCCGGGGCGCAUGGAGACGCGGGCACGCUACAACCCCAGCGCCAAGACCUACACGCUGCGGGGCUCCAAGACCUGGAUCACCAACUCGCCAGCGGCCGACCUGUGCCUGGUGUGGGCAGCGUGCGAGGAGGACGGGAGGAUAAGGGGGUUCCUGCUGGAGCGGGGGAUGCCUGGCCUCAGCACCCCCAAAAUCGAGGGCAAGUUCUCGCUCCGUGCCUCCGCCACCGGCAUGAUCGUGAUGGACGACGUGGAGGUGCCGGAGGAGAAUCUGCUGCCCAACGCGGUCGGCCUGGCGGGCCCCUUCGGCUGCCUGACCCACGCCCGCUACGGCAUUGCCUGGGGCGCGCUGGGCGCCGCCGAGGCCUGCCUGGAGACGGCACGGCAAUACGUCCUUGACAGGAACCAAUUCGGGGGGCCGCUGGCACGCAACCAGCUGGUGCAGAAGAAGCUGGCGGACAUGGUGACGGAGAUCGCCCUGGGGCUGCAGGCCUGCCUGCGCCUCGGCCGCCUCAAGGACGAGGGAAAGGCGGUCCCCGAGAUGGUGUCGAUGCUGAAACGCAAUUCGUGCGGGAAGGCGCUGGCCAUCGCCCGGGAGGCGCGGGACAUGCUGGGGGGGAACGGGAUCUGUGACGAGUACCACGUCAUCCGGCACAUGAUGAACCUGGAGGCCGUCAACACCUACGAAGGCACCCAUGACAUCCAUGCGCUGAUCCUGGGCCGAGCCAUCACCGGCAUCCAGGCCUUCGCCCCCAGCAAACCGCCAGCAACGCGGGGCUAGCAAGGGGAGAUGGCGCCCGGCACCGCAUCGGUGGCACGCGACUGUGACGCGCUGCAGCACGACCGGCAUCACGACGCCACCGGCGGGGUCAGUACAUCACCCAUGGGGGAAGGACGUGAGGAGAUGGUGCCAAAGAUCAGACCCGUGUCACCGACCAGACUCGGCGUCACCGACAAGGUAUUGGUGAACAGACCCGCUGUCGCUGACGGGACGUGGUGUCACUGAUGGGACCUGGCAGCACAGUUGUGCCGGGCUUUGCCACGGAGCCUCUUGGCCAGUGAACUGCCCUGGUGCCUUUGCCGUCCUCACGGCCACUCGCCAAUAAAAUGGAAAAGCCA